CCAGGCCACUCUAAAAGUUUCGACACUUUUUCUUGGAGAAUGGGUAACAGGGGUUAAGUAACGAGGGGGGGGUAGCUUCUUACAGCUCACGAGGCUUGAAGUGUUAUGGAAGGUAGUGGUACCCUUUUUAUACUCCUAUAACAAUAUUUUUUCCUACUCCUCGGUUUCCCAUCGGGUUUGCUUCUUGCCUUUGUCCUGCGCGAAUUGUUUCAUUACCGGACUUGUUUCUCGAGCCGACACACACACACACACACAAUAUUCGAAAUUGUCGGACAGCGAUUGGAAAGAACGUCUAGCUCGGCAUUGUGUCCUACCCAAACAAUUGGGUGGAUUAAAGUUUCCUCUUGCGAUUAAUAACUCUAUUCACAUAGGUAUUCACUCGUUUUGCCGUGUACGCCGGAAGCAGAAGCAGAAGCAGAAGCAGGUGCAGAAGUGGCUGACUUGAGGCCGCACCUUCCCCCACGAUGGAUACCCGGAAUAUAAUUCACUUCGAGGAUAACGAUCACUACAUUGGUAUUGACGUUGGUACUGGGUCCGCCCGUGCCUGUCUGAUAGACUCGUCUGGAGACAUUAAAGCUCUAGCCUCCGAGGCUAUUAAGCUAUGGCAGCCCCAACAAGGUUACUAUGAACAAUCAACCACCGAUAUCUGGCACUGUAUUUGCCAUUGUGUGCAACGCGUCGUCCACCAAUCCGGAGUCGACGUUGGUCACAUCAAGGGAUUAGGUUUCGAUGCUACUUGCUCGCUCGCAGUCUUCUCUGAAAAAGAUGACCAGCCUGUCACUGUUACCGGUCCGGACUUCGAGAACGACGGCAACGAUCGCAAUGUUAUCUUAUGGCUGGACCACCGUCCCGUCCAAGAGACGGACAAGAUCAAUGCUACCGGCCAUAACCUGUUACGAUAUGUAGGCGGCAAGAUGAGCAUCGAGAUGGAAAUUCCUAAAGUAUUAUGGCUGAAGAACAACAUGCCUAAGGAGCUAUUCGACCGCUGCAAGUUCUACGACUUGACAGAUGCGUUGACUCACUUGGCUACCGGCAACGAGAACCGAAGCUUCUGCAGCACAGUCUGCAAGCAAGGCUACGUCCCUAUCGGCGUAGAUGAAAGUGAGAAGGGUUGGCAAGAAGACUUCUUCACUGAGAUCGGACUAGGCGACUUGGCCAAAGACAAUUUCAGGCGCAUGGGAGGCGUUGAUGGAAUCAAUGGCAAAUACUUCAGCGCAGGAGAACUCGUUGGCCAUCUGUCUGACAAUGCUAGCAAGCAGCUAGGACUGCAGGCUGGCAUCGCAGUCGGCAGUGGCGUAAUUGAUGCCUAUGCCGGCUGGGUCGGUACCGUUGGAGCAAAGGUUGACACUGAGUACGGUCACGCAGACGAGAGCGCCCCAGCAAACGAUCUCGCCCAAGCUUCUACCCGACUUGCUGCCGUAGCUGGCACAUCCACCUGCCAUCUUGCCAUGUCUGAGAAGCCCGUGUUCGUCAAUGGAGUAUGGGGACCUUACCGUGACGUACUCCUGCCCAACUACUGGUUAGCAGAGGGUGGCCAAUCGGCAACAGGUGAGCUUUUAAGGCACAUCCUCGAGACACAUCCGGCACAUAAAGAAAUUGUGCCUCUUGCGGAAGCUAUGCACAUGAACGUAUACGAUUACAUGAAUGGCCAUCUAAGGGAGUUAGCUGAGAAGACUAACGCUCCCACCGUUUCCUACCUUGGACGGCACUUCUUCUUCUACGGCGACCUGUGGGGUAACCGAUCGCCCAUUGCGGAUCCCAACAUGAAAGGAUCUGUAAUUGGUCUCAGUUCUGACUCCAGCGUUGAUGGUCUUGCCCUGUAUUAUUAUGCUACUAUGGAGUUCAUUGCCUUGCAAACGCGACAGAUCAUCGAGGCUAUGAAUAAGGCAGGCCACAACAUUCAGACUAUUUUCAUGUCCGGCAGUCAAUGUCAAAACGAUAUGCUUAUGGAUCUCAUCGCCACUGUCUGCGAUAUGCCGGUGUUAAUUCCCCGAUACGUCCACGCUGCUGUGGUGCACGGGGCGGCCAUGCUUGGUGCAAAGGCAGCAAGCGCAGAUGCUGAUGGCAAAACUGAGAACCUCUGGAGUAUUAUGGACCGAAUGAGCAAGCCGGGUCGGCUCGUUAAGCCCGGGAGCGACGCAAAUGAGAAGAAACUCUUCGACGUCAAGUACGAAGUAUUCCUAGAGCAGUGCCGGACCCAGCGGGAAUACCGUUCUAAAGUUGAUCAGGCUACUAGUACCUGGGGUCUUGAAUACGGAAAUUAGACAAAAAGGGACUAUUGGGUAUGGUAUCGGGAACUAGGUGUUAAUGAAAAGCUCUGUGGGACUCAUGAGCAGGCGCGGGUGGUAGAGGGUAGAGGGUAGAGCACCUGUAGAAAGACUAAUGCCAUAGGGAUACAAUCGGAGAUUUAGACUAGGUUAACUGCAUACAUACGCGUUUAUUUCCAAACUGAUGUGAAUCAAUAGACUAAGGGUUGUAAAGCCAAAUAUGCUAUGUUUGUUGUUGUUGAAAGACGUGUCUUGGAAGC